AUGUUUGCACACGCAACACUCGUCGCGUUGCUUGUCAUCGCCUACACCAGUGGCAGCGCUAAUGCUGGCCUCCAGUCAUUGGAAUCUGUACCCAUGCCCGAUGGGCGUAUCGUUGGUGGCACAGACGCAGACAUAAGCCAGUAUCCACAUCAGAUCUCCAUGCGCUACAAAGGAAGUCAUCGUUGUGGCGGCAGCAUUUACUCGUCCUCCAUCAUCGUGAGCGCUUCACAUUGCGUGACUGGUGUGGAAGCUUCGCAAUUGAGCAUUGUUGCUGGCAUCUCACUGCUGAGUGAGCAAGGCAUCGAAGUGCCAGUGCUGCAGUAUAUUAUGCAUGAAAGCUAUAGUUCGCUUAACGAUUACGAUGUGGCGCUUUUGGUGUUGGCCAGCAAAUUGUCAUUCAACGAGUACAUUCAGCCCAUUGCUCUGGCGAAGGAGCGUCCAGCUGCUGGCACUGAGGUUACUGUGACCGGUUGGGGUACACUCGUAGAGGAUGGAACCGUAAGCAAUCAAUUGCAGCAAGUCAAUGUUAAUGUGGUGGCCAAUUCGAGCUGUCGUAAAUCCUAUCCUCUGCUAAUAACGAAUCGUAUGUUGUGUGCGGCUGUGGAGGGUGGCGGUCAGGAUGCCUGCCAAGGUGAUUCGGGUGGUCCGCUGAUCGUUGGCAACGAAUUGUUGGGCAUUGUUUCGUGGGGUAUUGGAUGUGCGCGCAAAAACUUCCCAGGUGUGUAUGCAUCAGUGCCAGAUUUAGCCGAAUGGAUCGAGGCGACGGCCAAAGACAAUACCAUAAUUUUGGAACAUCCAAUUUCGUAAAUACUUUAUAGA